UGGUACUGGGGUAACAUGAGUGUUGCAGAAGCCAAAGAGAAAUUACAAGAUACUUCUGAAGGGACUUUCUUGGUCAGAGACAGCUCGCACUCGGAGUAUCUGCUUACUAUUUCAGUAAAAACAUCAGCGGGACCUACCAAUCUACGCAUAGAAUUUCAAGAUGGGAAAUUCCGACUAGAUUCUAUCAUCUGCGUCCGAUCAAGGCUCCGGCAGUUUAACAGUGUGGUCCACCUGAUUGAAUACUACGUUCUUAUGUGCCAGGACAGAAGUACUGCCACUGAGAUUCCUUCCAAUGGAACAGUCCAUCUUUAUUUGAAUAAACCCCUCUACCGUUCAGUUCCCUCUCUGCAGCACUGCUGUAGAAUAGCUAUUAAUAGGUACACAAAAGAGAUUCAGGAACUUCCUUUACCAACAAGACUAAAAGAAUACUUGAAAGAUUACCAAUAUCAGGUAUAAGUAUAUCAUCUACCCUGCCCCCAGUUGUCAUAUUUUAUGAAUUUGGUCAACGCCCUGAGAAUUCAGCUGCCCAAAUGUGUCAUGUAAGUUGC